AUCAUGUUUUUCGACACGUACUUUCUGUGCUCGUACAAUUACCAAUUGCAUAGAUUUGUACUGAUAGAUUGUCCUUGCUACGAGACAUUUAAGAUACCCGAUACAUUCAUCGAAAACGUGAUUAUCGGACGAAAAUCGUACAUGGCAUGUUUGUGCUACAACAGCAAAAGCCGCAAACGCAUAAAUCAUUCGUCAAUUCCAAUAGUCCUUGGGAGUUACUUGGAUUACCGAAUACGGGGACAUAAGGCAGUAGUGGAGUGCCGACAAUUGUGGGGUUCAGUUAUUCUGCGUGGUGUAUUGAAAAUUUACGCGAGUUUUAGUACAUUCGAUUCACUUUCCAUGCACGUGCGACAAACGAAAGAGGGUAAAUCAAUCGACUGGUUCACCUACGUCAACGAUAACGAACAAGCGGAAGUGCCAAACGGUUUGGCAAUAAAUUAUCAGAACAAACGAGUACUCUGGACUUACCAAUACAAAACUUACGAGAGCUCGAAAUCGAGUGAAUGGAUAAAUCUCAUUGGCAAAUCAAAUCCCUUUGGUGUGACAAACGUUCUCGCAUCUGAGUACAUGAAAAUGUGGGACACUGUACUGUCGUAUGUCUAUCAAAUGAAUGAUUUGAAGAAUCGUCAGUUUUUAAAUGGCGCAAGUGUCAUAACCCGGUAUAUACAAUACGACUUGAAUAAACGACGCAAGAAAAAAGGAGCUGGCUGUUUGAAAAUGAGUGCUGCAUUCGAGAAUGGAACGCUCUUUCAGGCGCUCGGUAAGAAAAAUUUCAACGAAACCGAGGCUUGGUGUAGAAAUUAUCCCCAGAAUUACGACAAUACAUUGCACGAAGGGCGAAGCAAUAAGACAGCACUUCUCCUGCCAAAUGUAACACGCGCCUCUAAUGAUGCAGUGAGAAAUUCAAGUGCCCUAGCUUUUCCAUCCGAUGCUGUCAAUUACUUCUGCAUGCUCAACACUAAGGACUUGAAAAGUGCGGGUGAACAGAAUGUACUUGCCGAUUAUGUGAUAAUGAGUGAGUCAACGGAUCCAAAAAUCCUCUAUCAGUAUUUAUGCAGUUUAUCAACUGGACGUGGAAAUAAUUUGAUAAUCGAUGGUUACAUAACUAAUUGUAAACGCGAGUGGAAUCUCCAGGAUUUGAUCAACUUGAAGGUGAAAUUUGGUCACGUUACAACAAAAUAUUAUUUACCGUACAUAAUGUUCAGUACACGAUCAUCGAUACCUAUGAAAUAUUCAGACGAAUACGACGUAUUCUUCUCCCCAGCGGAGACCAUUCAUUAUAAUAUUAAAUAUCCCGAGGCAGAACUGCUGUCAACAGCGGCUAAACAACUGGGAAUAGUGAAUCUGAGAAAAACAGCUCCAUCCAAGGCAACAGUAAGUAUCAACAAUAUCAAAGGAAGUGUUGCCAAUGUAACGAACUCGAUGCACUGCCUGCUCAUGGAGAAUUCCCUUGGUAUCACUUGUUACCUCAACAUGACAGAGGAGUUGCGUCAAAAAUUAAUCGAUUAUGCUGUGAUAUCUCAUGGAAAUGAUACAUCCAACUUCGAACGAGUCUACACUGGGUUAGUCCAGCACUUCAACCUCGAGGAACCAAUAGCACCAAUCAAAAGAACCGACAAAAAAAAUGCCAUGCAGGCAUUACACCGGCUUUAUCCACCGGAACUGUUACUCACCGAAUGCAGACGUGCUGUCAAUACUCCAUUCGUUCUUGAGCGAAAUGUGUCACGAGCCAGAGAUGUCAGCGAUUAUUUAUCGACCAUCUUCAACAGCAAGUAUUUCAAUCCUCAGGAGAUAUGGAAUUUACGUCUUCGUGCUGUUUUUGGUAAUCCAUUUGGUGCUUGCAUUGAGGAUGGUGUUGUCAUGGAUACAUCAACACUCAAGUACAUUCCAAAAAUAUGUUACAAUGCCUGCAUCACCAUCGAGUUCACCUUCAAGACCAUCAAACAACCGAAAUCCGCCCACUUCAUUAGUGUAGAUGAUUCGAAUGCUCGACGAAUUGAUGAUGAAACGCUCAUUGGCUGCAUAAUAUCACCGUAUGAGGCCUACAUAAAAAAUAGCAAGCACAGUCUGAUCAAGAUGUCACGUAUCGGAAGUCAUUAUUACUAUCUCAUUCAUUUUUUGCCGAAGAAAACACAGAUGUAUCAGCACCUGAAGAUUCAUCACGUUCGAACUGGCAGUUCGAUAAUAAUUGUCAUUAAAGGACGGACUGAGGUAUCAGUUGUUGACGGUUCCAAAGUCGCUAAUAGCUAUGGACAAAAAAAUGUAUGCUCUAUUACCACGGACUUGUCCAAUUGCUGGGGUAUUACGCGUGAUGGACGUAAAGUACAUGCGCAAAUAGUGUACAGUGAAGCAUCACUCCUCGGACGUACGCCGUCUGGACAAAUUUAUGACAUGCUUAAAUCAGAUGAGUUGGCCAUUGGUCCGAAUGGCGAGCUCAUAGCUCCAGUCGAUUUGGUCAUUCAUACACUCCAUCCUUACACCAAUAAUAAAGUAUUUGAUGUAAAAAUCGAUACGCUUACCAAUAUGAAUGGCUUUGAUUCACAAAAUCUUUGCAAUGCCAGCCGAGUCCUACGGUCCGACACCGUAUGCGAGAAGGUGCUCCAGGUGUUGGGUCUGCAUGGGUUUCGAUUGACUUUUCUUAAUGAUAUCGAGGAGCAUAAUCUCUCUGCUGGAAUAAAACGGAGAAUUGAGGUAAAUGGCGACGAAGGGGAGAGCAGUUCGAAACGAUUACGACGUACCAGUGAUUAAAUUUCUAAAGAAUAAAUGGAAGGCGAAGGAUUUUCUAACUUGACAACCUUUCGCAAAACUGGGGGAAAGGUAUGCGGCCAAGUUUCUGAGAUUUCAUCACAGAGAUCAUUACAUUCAGCAAUGCCCCGAUUCGAAGCAGUCAUUUUCUCUGGUAAUUUACCUUCCAUGAUUGAAGGGAGGUAACGACACUCGAAAUAUAGUUAGUUAAACUCUAGAUUUGUGGUUUAUUGGAAAAUAUUCGAGUAUUAAGGUGUGGCAAUGGAUACAGUGUUCAAAUCGGACACGCGAGAUGAUCGCUUCAAGCAUCUCAUUGAGGCUCAACUAGGCACAAAUGGGAUAAAUGUGCUUGUUGCUAAUUCAUUCCUCUUGAUCUUUUCAUUAAUUAUUGUGAUGCUUGCAUCUGUUGGAUACGUUACAACUCAAACUGGAACACCUCACUACACCACAUCAGAUGACCGGAUGAUAAUUACAGACAUGACCUGGAUUAGUGAAGACUAGCUAUUCGAAUCAUCGAUAUUAUUUAUUUAACUACAAAAUGGGAGAAGACAAAAUAUUUUCAACUUAUCUUGAUGCUGUGGAGUCAUGCAAGUUUAUAUGUUUUUUACAUUUUAUAAAUUGUUCUUCAUAUUUUAUUUUGUUCUUU